CUUCACUUUAUCUUCUUCAACUUGAACUCAUCCAUCUUCCCUAUAUAUUAACCUCUCAAUCCUUUACUCUCUCACCCAAAAAAACAAAGAAACCAUCUUUUCUUUUCUCCCAAACAAAGAUUUUCAUACCAUUUCUCUUAUCAUGGAGCUUAUACCCGGUCUUCCUAAUGAUAUUGCUCGCGAAUGUUUAAUUCGUGUCCCAUACAAUGAUUUCUCCAAUAUUGCAUCGACCUGUAAAAACUGGAAGCUCGAAAUUCAAUUGCCUGAGUUUUUUCGUCACCGGAGAGCCGCAGGGUGUAGUAAACAUGUGGUGGUUAUGACUCAAUCCCGAGUCGACCCGGAUAGAGAUUCGGGUUUGAAAUGCCAGGCUUUGCCUGUUUAUCGGCUCGUGCUUUUCGAGCCCGAUACCGGUGACUGGUGCGAAAUGCCGCCGGUUCCGGGGUGUUCCGAUGGGUUGCCGGUGUUUUGUCAGGUUGUUCGAGUCGGGUUAAACGUUGUGGUGAUGGGUGGGUUGGAUCCGGAUACUUUUGAUGUCCGCAACGAGGUAUAUGUGUAUAAUUUUCUAUCGGCUACUUGGCGGCACGGGACCGACAUGCCGGGUGUGAAGAGGGUCUUCUUCGGAUGCGCGUCGGACUCGGAUCGAAUGGUGUUCGUUGCCGGCGGACAUGACAGCGAGAAAAACGCCUUGAGAUCUGCAAUGGCGUAUGACGUGGACACUAACAAGUGGGUCCAAUUGCCCGAUAUGGAAAGAGAACGUGACGAAUGUAAGGGGAUUUUCCACCUAGGAAAGUUCCACGUCAUCGGCGGAUAUUGUACAGAUAGGCAAGGCCAAUUCGUGAGUAGUGCCGAGCUAUUCGACGUUGCCAUGUGGCAGUGGAAACCACUUCAAGAGAACCUCUUAUCUCACGCCACAUGUCCUAGGACUUGCACGGUGGCUGACGGAGCAUUACACAUGUGCCAAGGAGGCGACGUGGCAAAACUCGAAGCCAACACAUGGAAACCGGUAGCCGAGCUGCCGGGUGAGGUAUGCAAUACAGCUCUUGUGGCCACAUGGGAAGACAAACUGUUGGUUAUUGGUUCCUCGAACUUUGGUGAGCCCCACACCACUUACGUGUUGAAUUUACAAAAUUACACGUGGACAAGAAUAAAACCGACGGACGAACACUCGGGUUAUGUUCAAUCCGGUUGUUACAUAGAGUUAUAAAUCGGUUCGGAUAGUAAGAUUCAAGUCGCCUACUUGUAACAUAAUGUACAUAUGAAGCACUGAGGUGGGGGGGGGGGUCUUUGUUUGUUUUCCCAUUUGCGGGAUGAGGUCGAUUGUGGCAUGGAGUGUGCCACAAAUUAGUCAAGGCUAAUAGGAUAAGGUAAUGAAUACGAAUGUCGUUUUCUCUUUGGAAUCAGCACCAUUCUAGAGAUAAAGUGAAAAAAAGCAAAGGAAAUUAGAUUAGGAUGAAAAGAGUGGAAAUCUAGACAACGACAUUGUCUACUGCGUCACUUGGAAGAGUCAUUGUAUACAUUUUCUUUUUAAGUAAUUUAAAAUCAUUAUAAGAUAUUAUUUAUUUCCA